GAAUCCGGCGAGUGGGGACGCUGCUUCCUAGGAGCCUGAGAAACCGCUUCCACCCCAGUCGCUGCGUUUCUUAGUCAGGGUAUAAGAGCUCCACUUGUCUUCAUACUCACCAGCACCUGAUAUUGUUGGGUGAAAAAAAUUUUAUUCGCUAUCCUGAUAGGGAUUUGUACUUAGAGUGGAAGUCCCAAACGCAUCUUUCCCACCUCACUACUGUUCCAAGUUUUAAUCUUCCCCCUGCUGUUGCCGCAGAAAUCAACAUUGAGGCCACUUCCUCAAUCUCUGCUUCCUGGCUGCCAGCUUCUAUAGGAAAAUGUCUGAUCAGGAGGAAGAAUUUAAUGCUCAGAAUGUUGUUGAUGCGUCAGAAGAAAGUAAAGAUGCUUUUGAGUCUAUCAAUAUUCCAGGUUCCUCAGAAGAGCUUCCAGAGUCAGAGCAAACUGAAGACAAUGAAUCUGAAUUAGAACAGUCUGGUGGGAGCCAUGGACCACAUGUUGAGGAGGAGACUGACCAGAGGGCCUUAAGCCUGGAACCAAUCGCUGAUGCACAGGCCUCGGAAGAGGUUAUGUCACCCGAAUAUGUUUUGUCUUCUCCGGGUCAUCAUGAAGAGCCCUAUCUAACUCAUUCUGAUACUGCAGUGCAAUCAGCCGAACAAUAUAUAAAUGAUGGUUCCCUGACACUUCUGGAUAAAAUAAAGGCUAUAAAGGAAUCUCUGAAAGAAUCUGCGAAAGAUUCUUUCGCAACAGUAAAAGUUGUACUUCUUCCUGUGUGCCAGGAGAUUAUAAUGCCUUUUAAAAUUGACACCAUUUUUAAAUACCUCAAGGAUCAUUUUUCAUCCCUAUUAAGUGUCCCACCUGAUGUACUGCAGAUACAGUAUUCAGGAAUGAUUCUUAAAAAUAAUGAGACUCUACUACAAUAUGGAGUUAAGGCACAGGAUAUUGUACAAGUGGAAAUCUUUUCUACACAUCCAGAUGAAUAUCCAAUCAAAAGAAUAGACGGAUUACAUGAUGUCUCUCAAAUCAUAACUGUCACAGUACAAACAGGCGUUGAUAAGUUUCAAGAGGUAGCCGUUGAGAUUAUAAAAUCUGACUUUCACAAACCAUUUCUUGGUGGAUUCAGGCAUAAAAUAACAGGAAUAGAAUAUCACAAUGCUGGAACACAAACUGUACCUAGGAAGAUUGCUGGAAAACACAGUGUAUUUUGUAGGGAUACUCAGACAGUUUUUCAGAGAAAAAAGCUCCAACAAACUGCAAAUACCACAUCUACACAGAUGACUAAAAUUGGUGUGUAUGUAUCAAAUAUGACUGAUAAACUGGUGACACCAGGAAAGUAUUUUUCAGCAGAAGAAUACCAUGCUCAAAGAUUAAAGGCGGUACUAGUGCUACAGACCUACUACAGACAAUGGCACGCUAAAAUCGUGGUCAAGGAAUUAAAAAAGCAGAAAAUGUUAAGGUUGGAGUGGGAAGCACAGGAAGAAGUAAGGAAGACAAGAGAAAAAGAAGCAUGGAUGCAAUUGGACUAUUACCGGAGGCAUAAUCCUCAAACAAAAGAAGAUUUCGAACUUCUUUAUAAUGCUCUAGAAUUCUGGCAGCGAGAAGAACUUGCACAUAUUAACCAGUCUUUCACUGGAGCUGAAAGGAAAGCUGCUUUGUGUGAACUUCUGGAAAAAGAGACCCAGAUAAUUGCUUCCAUUGGGAGACAUAGAUACGUCGCUUAUAUGGCGAACCAGGAAGCAUUAAUACAAGCUUUUUUGGAUAAGUGUUCAGCUCCAAAGAUGUGGAGAACAUUUGAUGGCAAAAUGAUGGAAAUGGAUACACAGUUUACCAUCAGAGCCCGAGAACUGCAGAACAUCUAUAAAUGCAUUAUGCUGAAAAGUAUCUCUCAAGAUGAGAGGCUGGAUGUACUCUUGACACUUAAACACACUGUGAAGGAACAUGACUGUAAACUGACUCAGGAAAUUUUAGAAUUGAUUGACAGAGAGGUUGACCUUAUGAUGAGAGGAGUCAAACAUCAAAACCUUGAAGGACUCAGGAAAAGAAUUGCAACACUCUUUUUUCAUUACAUCAAAACGCCUCUGUUUAAUCCAGAAGUUGCAAGACACCUUAAGGCCCCUCAAGACCCAAUGAAGUUUUAUAAGAAGAUUUACUUUUGCCACAGUUGCCAGCUCUAUUUGCCUUCUACUGAGUUUGCUGUAUCAUCCACUUCACAACGCAUAUACCGCUGCCGUCACUGCAUUAACCUUGACAACGAGACUCGACAACGGGAGUCAUUUCUGAAAUACAAAUGUUUGCUUCAACGGCUCUACUAUUCAGAAGCUGAUUAUGAAGAUGAUUCUAAAAUUGCUUUCCUGAUGCAGCUACAAGAUAUUCAGUACCUGACCGAGAACAUCUGGGCGUCCCAGUCAGUCCUCAGUGCCUGGACCAAUCUCAAUGAUCUGGUCAUGGUCCGGUGGGAUAAGUCCUUGGAGUGGUCCCCCUGGAACUGCAUUCUUCUUACCAAAGAUGAAGGUGCUGCUCAUCUCAGGCUAACAAGUAUUGAACAGGGAUAUGAACCCUUGUUUAUUCACAAGAUCAAACACAAGCAUAUCCUGGCUAAGAACUAUUUUUCUCAAAUUCCACUGCUGGCUUCAUGUAUACCUGACGGUGAAAUAGAUGCGAUCAGGAAGAAAUAUCACCCAGAAACAACACCUAAGAUUAUAAAAGCCCAGGGGCCCAGUCCUUAGAAGACCCGGGGGCAUUUGUUUGAUGAUCCACAUUUUUGUUUACUGCUAACAGAGUAAUACAGAGAUCACACAAUGUGGAAAUAGAAUUUUAUCUUUUUAUUGAUUUUAAUUGUCUUUCAUAAUAUCAUAAGUAGUGUGAAGAGGAAACAUCCCUAUAUAAAUGCUUUAUUGUUAAACAGUAUUAAAUUGAGAUAUAAUUUUGUUACUGAAAUUAAUGUUUUAAAGGAAAGUGAACAUUUUAUUUUUACAUAUUUUCACAUUAAAAUUUUUUAAAAUUUCAAGUGCAUUAUAAUUAAAAUCAAUAGACAAACAAAAGGUAGGUUUAAUUUUCAGCUCAAGAAAUUUAUUUUAGAUAAAAUGCAGUUAUAGGGGAAUAGUCAGUAUAUGGAUGGGAGGAAAUAUAGAAUUCUCCGUCUUGAAAAUCUUUACAGGUAGCAUAAAAGAUGCUAGGUUUUAAUAUGGGGAUUUGAAUCUUCACUUUUUAUCUUCUACUUUCACCUUCCAUCCUUCUCAAAUCCCAAUAAAAUAACUGAAACUGUUUAUAAACAAAUAAACAAGUGCAUUCCAUGCUGGAAAACAGGGUCAACAGUAGAACUAUCUUUUAUCCCAUGGGAGAAAAACUCCCAGUAGGGCAAUGAUGAAACUCCAUAGGAAGAAUAAACUUGGUCGAGUAAACGAUAACAAUCCCUUUCCCCAAUAAACCAAAGGAAUAACCUUGACCACAUGCAUAUCAGGGAUCUACAAUGAUAAACAAGGGUGUGUGAGUCAGUCUUAAUAGGAAAUGGUGCCCUCAAAACAGGAAAAUUCAAGAAGAGUUUAUUUACAAGGGACUUAUAAAGUGUGGGCAGUGUGUUGGGAAACUAAAGAAAUAGGGCACGGACCCAGGGUUGGUGCUGGAUAAGCCAUCUCUACCCCUAGUCUUAAAUGAACCUGGGAGGGGAGAGGUAUAGGAACAGAGAAAGGGAGUGUAAAGAAGAUGAUUGAGAGGAUCAGUGACCAACUCCUACUGGAACAGCCAGCCUAGUCUCCUGCUUGGGUUUCCCACUGGCAGAACCCAAAAGGAAAGCAGAAGAAAUAGAAGUCUGUUGACAUAAUUCAUACAGCUUUGGGACAGAGAGCAGAAAUAAGGGGCAGAGUGGAUCUGGAUGGCUAAAUAGAAUAUAUCCAGCAAGAGAGAAUUAAAAGUGUAGAUCUGUAAUUCAAGUAGCACUAUUUCACACCCCCCCCCCCCCAGAAUUAUAUAUGUUCGUGUAUAUAUACAUGUAUAGAGUGUACAUACGGAGAUAUAUAUAACUUUUCUUCUAAUUCCAAUCACCAAUUAAUGAAGCUGUUCUGUCAAGUUUAGUGAUCAAGGAAUUCAAUCUAAAUGUUAAUAUUUAUUCUACAUAAAUAUUUGCCAACAUUUUAACAACUUGUUUUCUAGGAUGUCUACAGUUUUUUUACUUGGCAAAAGCAUGGCACAUGGCGAUUACUUUUAAGGAACUAAACAUCGAGGAGGGAAGUGCUAUAAGCUGCUGUUAUUUUCAAGUUAACGUGGACAAUUCGGAUGUUCUGGGAACUUUCUAAACAAUAAAUUACAGAUGAGAAUUGAUUGGGGACCAUUCUGAUCACUGAUAACAAUUUAACACAGAGAGAAGUGUGUUUACACUGGAAUGUAAAUAACCAGAUUUUCACUAGGCAGUUCAGGAGAAUCUCCUAGUUCAGAGAAGGAAGGGCUGGGUGGCAGACAGUGAGGGGGAAAUAGUCAGAGAGGGGCAAAUAAGGGAAGUUGAGAAUUCCUCUCUUGCUCUAGGGGUGAAUCAACUGACUAGUAGAUAGCAUUUCCCUAUAGUAAUGGAAGACUUGUGGAAUACAACUGAUGGGGGUGGACAAACCAGAACAAUUGCAUCAUAUAUGAAAGGGGGCAGCACCUUAAUUCAGGACCGGGAGAAUAACCACAAAGCGGGAAAGACAGCUCAACAGCAGAGAGACUCUCCCUAAUAAAGUCAACUAUUCUGGUAAACUUUUUCCAUCCCACCAGAACUACAGUUUUCAAUUUACACAGGUAUCCAAAAAUCCACAGCAGAAGGGGCGGGAGGAGGUGGCAGGCUAGGGAGCAGUGAGUAGGGCAACAGUCAGGUUGCUACGUACUAGAAUCCUAACUCCAGGAUGCUGGAAAUCAACAACUAGGUAAGCAGCUAAGUUCCCCUUCAUUCAUAGUAGCUGCAGUCCUCUAGUUUAUGACCUGAUGAGCAUACGUCCCAGGGCCCACUAACAGAUGAAACUACAGAAAAUGUUUCCUUCUUUCUCCUCUGUGAGAACUGUGUUAUGUGAAUAAAGGCCUAAACAAUAUAACAGAACACAAUUUUGUAUCCCAAUAUUGUAACAACAAGCUGAUGAAGAAUAGUCACCAUAAAUAUAAAGAUUCAAAAUUUUAAAAAUGGGCCCUUCUGAGGAAUGAUAGAUGUUCAUUUACCAAAUCUCUUAAUUCAUGUUAGGGACAUUGGUAGCACUUUUUCUCCUUUGGGGGAAAAAAUGAUUUGGGAAAAAUUGCUAUUACAUAAAACAAGCAAUUGCUAAAUUACAAAAAACACAACACAUUGGCGGCAACGAACAGCAGAUUUGGUAUUUGAAAGCUAAAGCUAAAACAGGGAUUUGGUAGAUUAGCUCAAGAGAGUCCCUUAUAAUCCAGAGAAAAAGGACAAAGAAAUGAAGUAGGUGAGCAAAAGUAAUAAAUUUAAAAGCUUUUGGUGACUACACUAGAAAUAACAUAAGCCUAAAAUGGAAUACAAUAAGAGAAACAAUUAGCAAAGAGAGAUUUAAAGCCAAUUUCCCUAAGCUAAAAAGACAUAUAUCCUUAACUAUAUAUUGUAUAUAUAUAUACAAGUCCUAGGAACAUUAGUUUAGAGACACACAUAGACACAACCUGAUGGCAUUUCUGAAUUUCAAGAAUAUUCAACAAAUUCUGUAAGCAUUCAAGUUGGAGGGAAAAAAUUAGUCACAAGGGGAAAAAAAAACCCAACAGCAUAGAUUUCUCUUCUCCAAUGCUAAAUGCCGGAUGAUAAGGGAGGAACGUUUCUAUUGAAGGAUUUUGAAUUUCAAGGGUAAAAAAACUGACCUAAGAAUUUUACUUCCAGGCGAUUUUCUUACCUGUGAAGACAACAGACAGACAUUGUUAGGCAGAAAGCAUAUCAUCAGUCUAUGUGUAGCCAUUCCGUACUCCAGCUGACCUCAAAACCGUGGAGGUAAAGUAUGGGCGUGAUAUUAUAUAAAAAAUGGCAGGGAGCACUACAAUCUCAAGAUCCUUUCUAAAUGAUUAUCAGUUUGCAUGGUUUUCAAACAAUGUAAUGAUCAAAAAUAAUUCCUCAAAUAAAAAUCUACACUGUAAAAAAAAAAUCUGAAUCUAUGAAAAAAAAAACUUUACUAUUCCAAUAAAAUGCCUGCUGUGGGAGGAUUCAGAGGGAUGAAUUGUGCCAAAUCUUUUUAGAGGAGAAGGGUCAACAGAUACGUAGGUAGGAAAGCAAAUAUUCAAAUAGUUAGUUUAAAAGUUUAAAGCAACUGCUUUUGAAUGAAAAUCGAAUUAGAAGCUCCACAUUUCUGGAGAGAAAAAGGGAACAACAAUAAACUUGAGAACUCUUGUGAAGUAAAAGUUUGUUUUUCUUUUAAAGUUAACAGGAAGGAAGUGCAUAUAAGAGAAAAACAAGAUUAAAAAUAUCACAAUGCAUAAAUUUGAAUAGAUUAAAAUUCUCUAGGAAAGGAUAGUUAUCCUUAUAUUGUAUCAAGAAUGAACUAUAUGCUGCGUACCAGAUAUGUACCCCAAAUAAAAUGACAUGUAAGGGUUAAAAAUAAAGGUAUUUAGUAAAACCGUAUCAGUCAUAUGCAAACAGACAACAAAAAAAUUAGUGGCAAUAUUAAUAUCAAGGAUGAAAGUGAGAAGAAAAGUAGAGCAAAGGAAGUUACCUUAUGUUGGUAAAUUAUAAUCACAAUAAAAAUGAAUAAUGAAUCUCUAUGUUAGGUACAAAAAUAGGUUUUAAAGAAAAAUCAGUUGAGAAUUCUCUAUAGGCUCCUUAUGUUUCUGCAUUUCUUUUAAGUAGAGGCACUAGUUCUCCCUUUUUUCAGACUUAUUUUCAAGGAUGUUUGCAUAGCAAGCAGUCUUGGAAGAUAGAGACAGUAUGUCAAGUUCCCUGUAAAGGAUUCAGAGUCUCUAAGUCCAGGAUUCCUGUCCUGGAAUGCAACUCACUGUGUGUGCAGGUCUCAUCUGGACAUUGUGUCACUUUUAGGGCAAAAUGCUGAUAUUCUGGCUGCUGCUAUUUAUGUGAGCAAUAAAUUGUGCUUCCUCUAU